AUGUCCAUUGCUGACUUUCUUAAGGAUUUACCAUCACGCGACAAAGCCAAUUUUUCUUCUUUCUUGAAACAAAAUGGAAAGCCGGUAGUGGUUCGUAUAUCUAAACAAACAGAUGAUGAAAAACGGAUAAUAUUUGAUAUGAAACCGCUUUUGUUAAGGUAUUUACAGUCAAACUGGGGAAAUAAUCCAACCUGUUCAACAUCGAGUAAUCGAUCAGCACGUUCAGAACGGAAGCGUGCAUCUGAUGUAAGUAGCAACACAAUCGAUGAAAGUGAAAGUAGCAGUGGGGCACGUGCUAAAACGAGGCGAAGAGAAUGA